GUGAAGAAAACCAGCCGUGGUUAGGCUGCGGGCACCAGACGGUUGGUUGCGGGCCAGCUGCUGCUAAUCAAAAGCAUUUGAUGUAGGGAUCCUCAGCAGGUGUGACUGCCUCAUGCAAAAGCAGACGUUUUGGCAGUUUGCUGUUUGCUGGUCGGGACGUUCAAAUAUCUGGAGCCACAUCAGUGCACCGUCGUAAAGUUACCACAGGAUGAGCCGCCAUCCAGCGCAGACGCUCGCAGACCCAGCGCUCCGAAGCAACAUGCCCUUAUUUGAUGGGACGGCAGCAUCUUCAGGACUGUUAAAACCCCCAACUGUGCCUGGCUUCCUGGGGAAGCAGACGCUGCAGUACAAUGGGGCCUAUUUUACAUAUGACCCCAGAGGAAAAGAUGGCGCGGGAUUCACCCAAGAUUGGAGUAAAUCAAAGAUGGCUCAGAUGGAUGACAGAAGUCCCGUGCGUCCCCUUUCUGGCAUGCAAAGGCAAAACCACGUGAUGUGCAGGCAAGACGCUGCCGCUGCUGCAGAGGAAGGCCGUUCUCAUCCUUCUCCCAUGUGCCACCCACCAGCAAAACAGGGUUUCACGUUUUACAGUAAAAGUCCUGAGAUCAGCAGUCCGGCAGUUGCUACAUCGGUAGCGUCGGUGGCUGUUAGAAAACAAAAACUCGGAGCCGAGGACCCCUCGCCUCCAUCCCCAAGCCCACUUUACCUGGCAAUUCCUAAAGCGGUUUACGGACACCACCCCUGCUGUAAUGAUCUGGGCUGUGCGAUGGGGCAACGGUUCGGCGCGCGCCACGGAGACCACGUCUCCCAGAGGACGCCCAACGCCGUCUAUGAGCACGACUGGCUGCAGAUGACUGCGCACUAUGAAAAACCACCUGUUCAGAGGAAGGAAGCGCUGCUGCAACAGAGAAGCUUGCAGUUGGAGCGUGGGGCAGAGCAACUGAAGAGGAUGACCAUGGAGCCGUACGGCCCGGGCGGGCCAAACUACGCCAGUUACCCCUGUGCCCCGACUCGGACGCUGUUUGGCCCUUUAAGUGAGCAUGGCCAGCAUUUACAGACUUCUCCCCCGGGCUACCCCGGCUUGUACAGCUCCCAUCCCACGUAUGAGCAGAUGACCUCAGAGCUUUAUCAGGAACGUUCUCCCAUGUCCAAAUAUGGCCAGUUAACACAGCACCCAGUGUUUUACUACUCCCAGGCUAACGGGGAGGUAGAAAACAGGCAGUGUAAAGAUAGUGGCAGUAAGCAGGGGGAAAAUGUCUCCCUUCUUCAUAAACGUAUAAUCCCCAAACCGCUGGAGCAUUACGUCCUGCCUCAGUCAGUUCAUGCUGAAAUUCCUUUGUCUUAUACUGAGAUGUUGCAAAAUCCUUCCUUCAUGCGGGGUUUCGACUAUCCGUAUUACGCAGUUCCAAGAUUUCAUUUAAAUGCAAGCCAAAUCAGAGCUUCCUUAGAGAGGCAACAUUCAUCCCCUGCGUCUCACCCGAGUCACAUAAAAGUUUCCUCACCCAGCCAACAUGUGGAUCUCCCUACAGCCAAGGACAAACCCACCAGCAGCUUGCAUGCUGACCAGCUACACAGUUCCUCGCCAUUCCUGCAUUUGGACCAAAGCACCCCGACCAGAUGCGUAAAGCAACCGCCCGUCUCGCCAUCCAGCAUACAGAUGAGCAGAGUUUUUCUCCCUUUCUCCAACCUGUACCGGGACGCCCCCGUCCUUCCUCCAGCUGGCAUCAACAGACUCCUCGACUUUUCCACCUGCAAAGCCCAAGCUAAACAGCCAAAGAGCCUUCCUGUUUCCCAUGCAGCAUGGCAGUCCCAGUCACCCAGCCGCAGUGCAGAGCGAGUGCACGCAGCCGUGCCAAACGGUGCAAAUGCCCGAAAAAUCGUCCAUUCCCCUGUUGUUACAACAGGAAGUAAGCACAAUGGGGUCGUGUCCAAUACAGGAAGCACUGUUAAAAAAAGGAGUCUGAAGAGAAGCAUUUCUCACUCUUCUCCACCUAUCAAAAUCGAAGAGGAGGACAAGGAUGUGUACGAGGUGGAAUUGAGCAGCAAACAACAAAGAGUGGAAAUGGAGACUGUUAAACAAAGACAUAAGAUCAGCUCUCCGCCUAUGCCAGUUAUCGACAACGUCUUCAGCUUGGCACAUUACCAAAUGCACCUGCAGUCCUCAGGAGUGUUAUUUCAAGGCAGAGAGAGAGUGGCGCAGACACCUGAGCAGCAUGAGGACGAUAUCAGGAAGGAUGUGACGGAAAAAAGGCCCGACUACGACGAUCAGCAGCCUGCUCUCAGUCCAGUUUCCAAAGAAACCUCUCUGGAUAGUCGAGCACAGGAGGCUGCAGGUGAGGUCUUUAAACCUCAAAACAUAAAAAUAGAAAAGGACUAUUCAUCCGACGUGGACGACUCUGUCGUGAGCCAAAACGAGGACAGAAGAGUAAUAGUUAAGAUGGAGCCUGAAGAAGCGAGCUCACCUGACAGUGAGCUCGUGUCGUUGAAGGAAAGGUGCGACUCUGAGGAACCUGAAAAAAAGCCCACAAAGGUUUCAGUUGAAAAGGGGAUUUCAUACGAGUGCAACCGCACUGACUCGACCGCACGAGUCGACUCCUCCCCUGCAACGCUGCAUCAGGCCGUCGCCCCUCAACCCACACCGAGCAUUCAGCCCCCUGAGGGCAAAGUGGAUUUCAAGAAUAUCCCUCCCCAUUAUCUUAAACUUUCCACCUACAAGAUUAUCAUCCCUGAUGGCAAGCGAUGCGCCACCGUGGCACUCGCAAAGAAGCCGUGUCCUCAGGCAGUGACUGCCUCGUUGAUGCAAAACCAGGAGCGGGAAACCCCGGUGCGCAAGCACUUCUUGGAGCUGCAUCACUCUCUGUGCAAGCUAAUAUCCAAGUCUGUGUCGGCCUCUUCGGAGCAGGACCUCAAGAACUGGCUGUCUCGGGUGGAAAUAACGGCUCCUGCAUCCAAGUCUAGUAAAGUUGAGAAGGUAAGCUGCUUGCUGGGAGUGAAAGCCAGAGAGGCGUGGCUCAACGAGGAGAUGAGCUCGGCCCUCAGGACCGUUCUCGGGCGGUUGAAGGAGUACACUAGUCAGGAGCGCUGCCCCUUCCCACACGUUAUGAGGACGGGAGCUGUGUUUCUCCCCAUGCUGGUGGUCAAGGAACUGCUGUUUCCCAUGGUGCAAGGCAGCUUCGUGGAUCAGGUCCUGCAACUGCACAAAGUGGAGCUGCGGCCCACUACGCUCUCUGAAGAGAAGAUCCUGAUCCAGCUGCAUAAACGGGCCUGCUCCUCCAGGCUCAGGAGACUCAUGUCACUCAAGCACCUGCCUGACAUCUAUGCAGAUGUGGUCAACCUUCUGUAUUACACCUGCGUCUGCAAACAUCUGGGUUUGAACGUGGAACCUGAUAACGGAGAGCCAGAUGGAGGCCAUGAGGCGUCCAGCGACAGAUCUCCUGCAUUUUCAGACAUCAACGCUUCACCGGUCUCGCCAUCAGAUUGGCAGAGACCAUGUUUGAGCAAAAGAAAAAGCAGGGUGACGAGCAGCUCGAGAUGCACGUUUCUGGAUGACUUCACUGGUGAGGAAGAGGCAGGUGACGAGGAGGAGACGGUUGAAGGUGUCCUGAAAACAUUUGCAGAGAGACAUUCUGACGUCCACGAGACUGAACACGUGGUUCCAGAUCAGGAUCCUUCAACUGCUCCCCAGAGUGCAGAUUCGGAGAGUUCGUGGAUGUGUCCGCUGAUGUUGGACGAGCCGUCACCCGGUGAACAGUGCUCAGAACCGCGGGUCAAAUCCAAGAACUGUUCAGGUGUGAUUCUCAAACUGAGAAAGAUGUUUGGAAAGGGUCUGAAUGGAAAAAAGACUUGCUACCAAGCCGUGUCGGAAUCUGGAGCUGAUGGACCAGGUGCAAGCGGCGAGAGCGACCCCCACGUGACCCCCAAAGCGACCCGCAGGUGGCAGAGACACGGCUUCUCUCACGGCUUAAGACGCCUCGGCGGCUCUUCUAAAAAGAAGCGCACGUCGCUCUUGAAGAUCAAAUACUGUCCCUACUUGUCCGCCCGCCACGGUGCCGAACACAGGAAACGAUGGGUCCUGCGCUCGGCUGUGCAGAGGGUUCGCAGGGCCGCGCGGCUCCGGUACCCGGACCUGGUGGGGAAGAGGGUCCGCCAUCUGUACGAGGAGGCCGACAAAUCAGAAGUGUGGUACAGGGGAGAGGUGCUGCGUGUGCACGAGGAUCACGCCAACCCUCUAAAGACUAUAUACGAGGUCAGGUAUGACAGUGAGCCAGAAUGGAAGUACUACCUGGAACUACUGAUGGACUACAGAAAGGGCUGGCUCAUAAUUGAAGACUAGUUUUCCCACUUUAGUUGGGACGAGACUUGCUGUGUCAAAAAUGAAGCCGGACCGGAUGGUUCUGUAACGAGACCACAUGGACGUUCCAUGCAAGUGACGAGGUGCUUUUGAGGGUGUGUCUGUUUUUGCUCUUCCCAGCACAGGGGAGUUUUAAUGUUUUUAUUUGGGGGGGAAAAAAAGUGCACUAUUCUUAGUGUAUUAAAAACUAAUUGAACAUUUUUUAAGUCUGGACUGCAUUUUUAUUUCAA